CUAAACAGUUAAACUGCUCUUAAUUUAGUUAGGGUAUAAUGUCCAGCUCACUGUUUCAAGCAGAAAGCAGGAAUCUCAGGCCAUAAAAGGGCAUGUGUCUCAUAGAGAUGAUGUCAUCCGAACAGCCAUGCUGGGUCUCCCCUUUCAGUUACACAGAGGGAGGGAGAGAGCGAGAGCGAGCCUGUGUGUUAGAGAGGGAUAAGGGGAGAGGGAGUAUAAUGUGUGUGUGUGGCCAAGGAAACAGCAGGGUGUUUAAGAGUGAGAGAGGACAGAAGCAGAAGGUUUGAGAAAGACGAUUUUACUAGAGGGAGAAGUGUGAGCAAGAGGAACAAAGGUUACGAAGAAAAUAGGAAUACAGAGAGGGAGAGGGGGACAGAAACAAAGUUAUAGCAGCUGUUUCAGACCAUCAGAGAGCGGGACCAAGAGAGAGUUUCUGUGUCAUGGGCAAAUCAGCUUCUAAGCAGUUUUCGGAGGAGGUGUUGCGGAGUCAUAAUGAGUAUCGUAGAAAGCACCAGGCACCACCUCUGAAGCUGUGCAGCAAGCUGAGUAGCGAUGCCACUAGGUAUGCUGAGUCUCUGGCCAGCACACGGAUCCUGAAGCACAGUGUUGAGUCCAGUAAGGGGAGCUGUGGCGAGAACCUUGCCUGGGCCUCCUAUGACCAACCAGGGAAGGAUGUGGCUGACCGCUGGUAUGACGAGGUCAAACAAUACAACUUCAACCGCCCCGGCUUUUCCUCUGGUACAGCCUCCUGCUCAGUGUGACCGACCCUACAGCGUCAGGAUGACUCCUAUCAACUAAUGUGCUGCUGACAGAUAAAGGAGGAGAGGAAAGACAGAGGGGGAGAGAUGGGAGUGUGCAAUAGAGGGGAAAGAGUGUAUAGGGGGGGGAGGAGAUUAAUAUAGGGUUCUGUAGCUGUAAAUAUUUAGAGGAGCAGUGCUGCAGACGGCUUCCUUCAGUGAAUGUGUUUAGCUUGUCUCUCUCCUCUCGCUCUCUC